UAACAGGGAUUGUAAUGAAGCAAUUAUUCGAGAGGAAAUAAAUACAUAAACAGGACACAGCCAAUGUUCACCAUGAACAGAGUAAAUGGCCUUGACCAUUGCUAAACAAGAUGAGACCUCAGUGGUGUCAUGUGUUUGACCAAGUGGCCACAGAUCUCAGAUCAGGGUCUGAGCAUCACCAUGUAUCUAUGAAUAGUGCGGUUAACUACAGCUGAUGCCAUGUCUACAAGUAAGCCAUCCACCUGACUAUUAGAUGAUUCCAGUUGAUGCUUUGUUGCCAUGGGGAAACUGCAAAGUAAGCAGAAACGCAACAUAUCACGAUACAGGAUUGAUGGGCAUGCAGGCCACAGUUCCUCCACACAAAGUGUGCAGCAAUACAGCCCGGCACAUAACGAUGCCGUUACAUCGAUAACCUCCCUCACAUCUGAACAAUGCGUGUCUGGUGGAAAGGACAAGACAGUGGUCAUAUAUAACUGGAAGUCUGGUGGUGUACAGCAGAAAUUCCUGGGGCAUGAACGUGAUGUCACCAAGGUAACGUGCAUCUUUCAAUCAAAUAGAAUCUUCAGUGCUUCACGUGAUAAAACUGCCCUGAUGUGGGACGUGAAGGGUAAAGAUGGACCAUUGCAGGAGUUUACUGGCCAUGAACUGGGAGUGACAGGCCUAGCUGUGAGCCCAGGUGACUUCCAAUUGUGUACGGGCUCCCGGGAUAACUCCUUGCGUAUCUGGGAUGUACAAACUGGAAUCUGUCUACAAAAAUCUUCAAUUUCCAGGAAUCUGGUGACACAUAUCUGCUGGAUCCCCACAGAAUCACUGGUCAUUCAGACUUCAGAGGAUAAGAUGAUCAGGAUCUGGGAUGUUCGUGAGCUCCAGGUGACCCAUACCUUCCCCAUGAAGCAGUACAUACAGACACACUGUGACACCAGUCCUGAUGGGCGAUAUUGCAUCACCUGUAGCAACGGUUUUGGAGGCGAGGGAUGUGAGGCCACACUAUGGGAUUUAAGGCAGGCAAAACUUAAGGUGUGCGAAUAUAAGGGACAUCUUCAGAGUACUGCAGCCUGCAUCUUUCUCCCAAGUGGGACUUCUUCAUUCCCUUUGGUUGCAACCUCUGCACAUGACUGUACUGUGAGGAUCUGGAAUCGCGACACUGCAGUGUGUGUUGGCUCGCUCUGCCUGGAUGGGGCAGGCACUCUGACAUCGUUGGUCUCUAGUGAUGCUGCUAGCCUCCUGUGUGGCAGCUUUAACACAGGAAUUCACUGUCUCCAGCUGACCCAUUGGAACGGCUGCAGCCUGAGAGAGGUGGCCAGGUUCUGAGCAAGGCGGGGAUGCCACCUUCCUUUGUGGGAGGCCCUCAGCAGCAUGGACGGCAGUGGAUCGAUCACAAGCGGAGACUGGUGCCGACACUUCAACACUGAAGAUAGACACAAAAAUCUGGAGUAACUCCGUGUGACAAACCGCAUCUCUGGAGACAAAGAAUGGAUGUUGUUUCGGGUCGAGACCCUUCGUCAGAGUUCUUCUCCAGCAUUCUGUGUCUAUCAGUGUAAACCAGCAUCUGCAGUUGUUUCCUACACACUUCAUCAUAUAGGAGAGCAGCAAUGGAAGAUGCUAAGGAACGGCGGGCUCUGUUAACAAAGCUUCCUCUCAUGUUAUCUCCAUAUGCGACAAGGAUCCUCAGAAUGUGCAUUGUAUAGGUCAGAAUACUUUAAUUUAUUGUGCAGAAUUAAAUCAUGAAUGCAUUGUUGUAAAUACCUACUGUUUAACCAUUGAGCACGUUAAUAAUGGUCUGGAGCCACCUCUGUGUCCAUUCCUGUUCUCUGAUCUUUACCGUCAGUUGCAGCGUUAUUGGUAGUGGUGAUAGGAGUAUGGAGAAUAGUUUUCUUGUUCUAGAAACAGAAUCAGGCCAUUCGGCCCAUCAAGUCUACUCUGCCAUUUAAUCAUGGCUGAUCGAUCUUUCCCUCUCAACCCCAUUCUCCUGCCUUCUCCCCGUAACCCCUGACACCCGGAGCAAUAGAUAAGAUAAGACUGAACCAAUAGACGUCAUGAGGAAGGACAAACGAUGGUAAAAUGAACCUUAUUUGGGCCAAUUAUAAUAAUUUGGCAAAUUAUUUUACUACUGCAAACUCCCAAUGAGUUGUGAGGCAAUGCCAUGUUUGCACAAUGUUGACUUUAGCACUGUGAUGGUAUUGAUAUAUGUAGCACAUUAUGGCAGCUUGUUUCAGGACCUAGCUCACUUGCUUGGAAUAGCUUUCACAAGUUUCCUCCACAAAUAGUUUUAGUUAAGGAGAGUAAGAUGAGAAAUUAGAACUAUGCAUGAAGAUAGGCACACAAUGCUGGAGUAACUCUACGGGACAGGCAGUGGGUCGAGAAGAAGGGUCUCAACCUGAAAUGUCACCCAUUCCUUCUCUCCAGAGAUGCUGCCUGUCCCGUAGAGUUACUCCAGCAUUUUGUGACCAUCUUCAGUUCCUUCCUACACAUUAGAACUAUGCAAACCUUUCUGCUGAGAGGCAGUAGACUCAUUGAAACAAACAGCCGACCUUCUGGGCUCCAAUCGGCCCAUCAUUCUAUCCUGUCUCGUGUACGUAUUUGCUGCAGACUAGUGAAGAGAUGCUACCAAAACAGGAAUCUGCAACAUGAUGUGAAGAAUAUCUCCUUGCGUACCACUUGUAUGGGAUCUAUCUACUGAUCUACUGUGUAUGAUAAUGUCUUUAUGUGAGAUGUACUUCGCUUGUUGGGUUACAAUUCCGGCAUUUCAUUGUAGUACAUGUUUUACCAAAGUAAAUGGUCUUUCCUGUAACACUGACAAAUGUUGAAAGCAACAUUUAAAGAACAUAGAAACAGAAGAUUAAAAUAUCAUCCUGUAUCAAAGUUAUUUAAAUAUUUAAUUUGUACAAAAGCCACAGCCAAAUUGGGUUUUGGAUGAUUAAAUGAGUGCUAA